UCCACCGGCUGCAGCCGCAGUCUUGGUGGCGGAGGUGGUGACCACCACCGCUCCUCCACCUGCAUCCGGGUGCGGGACUGGGGCGGCCGCGUUUGCCCGGCAAACCCUGCACCCCCGGGACGCGGCUCAUCAGGCGUUAGCACCGGCACUAAGCUCCCACCGCGCAGCGACUUGGUCCGCCGCAAGCGCCGCCGCAGGCUUUGUCCGCGAGCGCUCGGCUGAGCCUGGGCGGGCGGGAAACCUGGCUAGGGCGAGGCGGGACCCCGGACAUGCCUUUCUCCACGUCCGCCUCCUCGACCCUUAUUGUAAGCGGAGAAACUUAGUGUGUGAGGCAGGCAUGGGAAGUCCCCAUUUUAAUGUCCCGUACCCUUCCCUCUGGAUCGAGGUAGUAAAGAGGCUCCUGUAGGAAACUGACUGCCUCUAUGAUUGCGGCUUCUUGGGGGAUUUUGCGUUUAGCCCGAAAGUUGGCUUUGCCAAAAGACGCACGGGUAGGAAGGGCGGAAAGGAGACCCUGUAUUCCGUCGCGCUGGGCUCUCCGAGUCCGUGGGCAAAGCGGCCUACGAGUCCUGGCUCCGCACCUGCAGAGGACAAGAGCCAAUGCCUAAAAAAGAACAGCGGAGGAACCGGUUGGCGCGGCCAGCUGGAACGCUGGAUCUCAGCGCGCCCCGGGAAGGCCGGGGGCGCCCGCCCGCCCUAGCCCUCAGUGGUCCUCUCCCACACCGGCCCGUGCGUGCCGCUUUCUACAAGACCUGGGGCGUCCUGGCCAGAUCUGGGUGGCAGGUCCCUCCGCCACCCCCCGCCCAGUUCCAGGGGCGUGGCUUGGCGCGGGGGCGGGUUUAAGUCACCGCGGGUGUCUGACCGCUCUGACAGGUCUCCAAAUUCCUCCCGGUAGCCUGGUGCCCGCAGCGCGUUUCAGAGCUCCAGGGUGGCACGCGGCGGCGCUUCCCUGGAUCCAGAGGCGUCUCUGUCGACUUCCACUCGGCCUCGGGCCUCCCUUCUCCACACCUUCGCCUUAUCCGCCAAGCUUCGGUUCUCAGCCUCGGAUAUCCGCACCGGCGUCUUCUCUUCGUUCUCAGAGCUCUUGGCUUUGGAGACCUCCCCACUUUUUCCUUCCCCCACCUCCUGCUCCUCUUAGCUCCGAGCCAAAUGGACUCCAAAGAACGAAGUAAAGGGGAUGGGAACUGUGUGCUGCGACCCUUCGAAAGCACAGCUGAAAGCGUGGACCUCGUCUUAUAGCUCAGGCUGGGACCCUGGGGCGAGAGUCCCCGCACCCACUCCCGGAGGGAUGCUUCUGGCCGGAGCCAGCGCUGCGCUGUCAGUCCUUGCUCCGCAACUAGGAACGAGCCUAGGAGGGAGCCUCAGCAUACCCCUUCCUUAAAAUUAACUAUUUGGUGAAUUGUUAGCGCCGAGGCUACCACCUCUCCAACCCUGUCGCGGGGCGCCCCGCCACCUCACCGUGCCCCCCUCCUCCUCCUUCUUUGCCCCCGCCCCCAGCUCCGCCCCUGCUCCCCAUCCCGGCGCAAUGGAGUUCUCCGAAAGGCGAUGAUUCCAGCCACAUCUGCUAACUUCGCACCCAUCGCUGCCGCCGGUCACCCCCGGCCAGGACCCCUGAAACCGCGGAGCAGUGGGCGUCCAGAGCCCAGUGCUGCAGCCAGGCCCGCCCGACGCGCGGCAGAAGCACGGCGCCCAGGCUCCUAGGCGUCUCUUGGAGAGCAAAGGCUGCGCCAAAACGCUGAGCCUAGAACCAACCAAGGAGCCUGAGCCCAGGAAGGGGCUGCGUGGCUCAGAGCCCUGCGGCUCCUGAGGACAAAUAGCCACUGCCGCUGCGUACCCAAGCUGCGCCGGUUGGCGGGAGAGCAGCGCGCAAGGACGCGGAGGUCCGCCGCAGUCUUCCAGGUGCCCUUUGCCCCGGGCACAGUAUGACCUGACCUACAAGGAGCCCUGGCGCAGGGCUCCUGCAACCGGACAGCCUAGGAUAGAAAGGAUCGCUGCCAAGCUCCUACCAGCUUGCCUUCAAGUCUUUAGGAACCCCGUCCUCCGGCUGCCUCCCCAGGCUUCUGCGCCUCCUUCCCUGCGGCCCAGCGCCAUGGAGCUCUCCGAUGUGCGCUGCCUUACAGGCAGCGAGGAACUCUACACCAUCCACCCGACGCCCCCGGCCGGCGACGGCAGGAGCGCCUCCCGGCCGCAGCGGCUGUUGUGGCAGACGGCGGUGCGGCACAUCACGGAGCAGCGCUUCAUUCACGGGCACCGGGGAGGCAGCAGCAGCGGAAGUGGAGGCUCGGGCAAAGCAUCGGACCCUGCGGGCGGCGGCCCCAACCACCACGCGCCGCAGCUGUCAGGCGACUCGGCGCUGCCCCUCUACUCGCUGGGCCCGGGAGAGCGAGCGCACAGCACCUGCGGCACCAAAGUCUUCCCGGAACGCAGCGGGAGCGGCAGUGCCAGCGGCAGCGGAGGCGGGGGCGACCUGGGCUUCCUGCACCUUGACUGUGCCCCUAGCAACUCGGAUUUCUUUCUCAAUGGGGGUUAUAGCUACCGAGGGGUCAUUUUCCCCACCCUGCGCAACUCCUUCAAAUCUCGAGAUCUGGAACGCCUCUACCAGCGCUAUUUCUUGGGCCAGAGGCGCAAAUCGGAAGUGGUGAUGAACGUGCUGGACGUGCUGACCAAACUCACUCUCUUGGUCCUGCACUUGAGCCUGGCCUCGGCCCCCAUGGACCCGCUCAAGGGCAUCCUGCUGGGCUUCUUCACCGGCAUUGAAGUGGUGAUCUGCGCCCUGGUGGUGGUCAGGAAGGACACCACCUCCCACACGUACCUGCAGUACAGCGGCGUGGUCACCUGGGUGGCCAUGACUACCCAGAUCCUAGCAGCAGGCCUCGGCUACGGGCUCCUGGGCGACGGCAUAGGCUACGUGCUCUUCACGCUCUUCGCCACCUACAGCAUGCUGCCGCUGCCGCUCACCUGGGCCAUCCUGGCCGGCCUGGGCACCUCGCUGCUGCAGGUCAUCCUCCAAGUGGUCAUCCCCCGGCUGGCGGUCAUUUCCAUCAACCAGGUUGUGGCCCAGGCAGUGUUAUUCAUGUGUAUGAACACAGCUGGAAUCUUCAUCAGUUACCUGUCAGACCGGGCCCAGCGCCAAGCUUUCCUGGAGACUCGGAGGUGUGUGGAGGCCAGGCUGCGCCUGGAGACAGAGAACCAAAGACAGGAGCGGCUCGUGCUUUCUGUGCUCCCCCGGUUUGUUGUCCUGGAAAUGAUCAAUGACAUGACCAAUGUGGAAGACGAGCACCUGCAGCACCAGUUCCAUCGGAUCUACAUCCAUCGCUAUGAGAAUGUCAGUAUUCUUUUUGCAGAUGUUAAAGGAUUUACCAACCUCUCCACGACCUUGUCUGCUCAGGAGCUGGUCAGGAUGCUCAACGAGCUCUUUGCCAGAUUUGAUCGACUGGCCCAUGAGCAUCACUGCCUUCGUAUUAAAAUUCUGGGGGACUGCUACUACUGCGUGUCUGGACUUCCUGAGCCCCGCCAGGACCAUGCCCACUGCUGUGUUGAAAUGGGUCUCAGCAUGAUCAAAACUAUCAGGUAUGUGCGGUCAAGGACAAAACACGAUGUUGACAUGAGGAUUGGAAUCCACUCAGGUUCAGUGCUGUGUGGUGUUCUGGGACUAAGGAAGUGGCAGUUUGAUGUCUGGUCUUGGGAUGUGGACAUUGCAAACAAACUCGAAUCUGGAGGAAUCCCCGGGAGGAUUCACAUUUCCAAAGCCACGCUGGACUGCCUCAACGGUGACUAUAACGUGGAAGAGGGUCACGGUAAAGAGAGGAAUGAAUUCCUGAGGAAGCAUAAUAUCGAGACUUAUUUAAUUAAGCAGCCUGAGGACAGCCUGCUGUCCUUGCCUGAAGAUAUCGUCAAGGAGUCAGUGAGCUCCUCAGACCGGAGAAACAGUGGGGCCACGUUCACUGAAGGAUCCUGGAGCCCUGAGCUACCCUUUGAUAAUAUCGUGGGGAAACAGAAUACUCUGGCUGCCCUAACAAGAAAUUCAAUAAAUCUGCUUCCAAACCAUCUUGCACAAGCUUUGCAUGUCCAGUCUGGGCCUGAGGAAAUUAACAAGAGAAUAGAACAUACCAUCGACUUGCGGAGUGGCGAUAAAUUGAGAAGAGAGCAUAUCAAGCCAUUCUCACUGAUGUUUAAAGACUCCAGCCUGGAGCACAAGUAUUCUCAAAUGAGGGAUGAAGUGUUCAAGUCAAACUUGGUCUGUGCGUUUAUCGUUCUUCUAUUUAUCACGGCAAUACAAAGUUUGCUUCCUUCUUCAAGAGUGAUGCCAAUGACCAUCCAGUUCUCCAUUCUGAUUAUGCUGCACUCGGCUCUGGUCCUCAUCACCACAGCAGAGGAUUAUAAGUGUUUGCCCCUCAUCCUCCGGAAAACUUGCUGUUGGAUUAAUGAGACUUAUUUGGCCCGGAACGUCAUCAUCUUUGCAUCUAUCUUGAUUAAUUUCCUGGGUGCCAUCUUAAAUAUCCUGUGGUGUGAUUUUGACAAGUCGAUACCCUUGAAGAACCUGACUUUCAAUUCCUCAGCUGUGUUUACAGAUAUCUGCUCCUACCCAGAGUACUUUGUCUUCACGGGGGUGUUGGCCAUGGUGACCUGUGCAGUUUUCCUCCGUCUAAACUCCGUCCUGAAGCUGGCAGUGCUGCUGAUCAUGAUCGCCAUCUAUGCCCUGCUCACUGAGACCAUCUACGCAGGCCUCUUUCUGCGUUAUGAUAACCUCAACCACAGUGGAGAAGAUUUCCUGGGGACCAAGGAGGCGUCACUGCUGCUGAUGGCCAUGUUCCUCCUGGCUGUGUUCUACCAUGGACAGCAGCUGGAGUACACAGCCCGCCUGGACUUCCUUUGGCGAGUGCAGGCCAAAGAGGAGAUCAAUGAGAUGAAGGAGCUGAGGGAACACAAUGAGAACAUGCUCCGGAAUAUCUUACCCAGCCAUGUGGCCCGCCAUUUCCUAGAGAAGGACCGAGACAAUGAGGAGCUGUAUUCUCAAUCCUAUGAUGCUGUCGGGGUGAUGUUUGCCUCCAUCCCAGGAUUUGCGGACUUCUACUCUCAGACUGAAAUGAAUAACCAGGGAGUGGAAUGCCUGCGUUUGCUGAAUGAGAUCAUUGCUGACUUCGAUGAGUUGCUUGGUGAAGACCGAUUUCAAGACAUUGAAAAGAUUAAGACCAUUGGCAGCACCUACAUGGCCGUGUCAGGCCUGUCACCUGAAAAACAGCAAUGUGAAGACAAGUGGGGACAUUUGUGUGCUCUGGCUGACUUCUCACUCGCCCUGACAGAAAGCAUACAGGAGAUCAACAAGCAUUCAUUCAACAAUUUUGAACUCCGGAUUGGCAUCAGCCAUGGCUCAGUGGUAGCUGGCGUUAUCGGCGCUAAGAAACCACAGUAUGACAUUUGGGGCAAAACUGUGAACCUGGCAAGCCGAAUGGACAGCACAGGGGUUAGUGGCCGGAUCCAAGUCCCAGAGGAGACCUAUCUCAUCCUGAAGGACCAGGGCUUUGCCUUUGAUUACCGAGGGGAGAUCUAUGUGAAGGGCAUCAGUGAACAGGAAGGAAAAAUCAAAACGUACUUUCUCCUGGGAAGAGUCCAACCCAACCCAUUCAUCUUGCCCCCAAGAAGACUGCCUGGGCAGUACUCCCUGGCUGCGGUUGUCCUGGGACUUGUCCAGUCCCUCAAUAGGCAAAGGCAGAAGCAGCUACUCAAUGAGAACAACAACACGGGAAUCAUCAAGGGUCAUUAUAACCGGCGGACUUUGUUGUCACCCAGUGGCACGGAGCCUGGAGCCCAAGCUGAAGGCACCGACAAAUCUGAUUUGCCAUAAAAGCAUUUUCUUUGUGUUUCUUUUUUUUGUAUUUCUUUUAUAUAUAAAAUAAAUAUACUAAUAAAAAGGUUUACUUUUUUUUAGAACAA